AUGGCCGCGAAAGUUAAGCCGAGAGAUGUUACUCCGAUUAUUCAAGCUGUUCGAAACUGGCUAGGCCAAAGAAAACUGGUCAGAACUUUAAGAUUUGAAGAUUAUGUUUCUCCAAGAUCGGCACCUCCUCCGAAACUUCCUCCUGGUAUAAAUCACAAGCUGUCAGCCAAUCUUUAUUAUGCAAGAGAUGGAAGGAGGCAAGCUGAACCACCAGUUGUUGUGUAUGACACUACAAAAUUGAUAGCAAGCAAAAUGGAAAAAGCGGAAACUUCCGUUAGCUCAGCAUCAAGUAUUCCAAAACCUGGUAGUGGCUACGACUGGAACACAGGCUCUUCCAACUAA